AUGAUAAUCAAAUAUGAUAGUAAUUAUGCACCUUUGGUAUCCAAGGAUCGUCAACUAGAACUCAAACUUCUCCCAAAGUUGCUGUCGUACGACUCCAACUUUAACCCAGAGGCAGCACUCUUUGGAACCUUUAAGCCUACACAACAUAUCUUUUGUUCAAACAUUGAUAGUACUGCCUCGAUUGAAAGCAUUUUGAAAUUAUUGUCGACACUUAACAAAGAGGGCGAUAAAGAGAAUGAAAAACUGUUGGCCUACAUCCUGCACAACGAUCACAAUGAUGGUCUUGUCAACACAUAUGUCAAAAACCUGUCUGGCAAUGAGCCACUCUCAAAAGAUAUCGUCACAGAAGACAUCGAAAAUGAUGACAUUAAAGAAGAUAAUGACGAUAACUCUAACCCAGGAACAGACGCCAGCAUGGUUGGAAAGGGAAUUCCAAUGACUAAUUCAUUCGAGGUCUUUGCUUCGAGAAACCGACUAGGAGAAAAGGAUGUUUGGAGAACGUUGGACAAAUCACUGGGCCCCACAGAGAAGAUGGUCGUUUCGACUUGGAGCUCCUACAAUGGAGACCCACAAAAACAAGAGAAAGGUCUUCCCCAAUCGCUUGACCGACCCAAUAUCGUACCCUUCAACACAUUCACCAGUCCAGAAAUUCGCUUUGGAGAAGUCAAAGGCCGAGUCUCGUGGCGUGGCUUCUCAAUGAAGGAGCACUCCAAGAUUGGAUUCAAAAUGGAUAAAGCCACCAAUAGCGAAUGGGAUAUGGAACUACCCAAGGAGAAAGAUGAAACGAUGGAUAAAGAGAUCAAAGACCUCUCCGGCCAAAUGAAAUUAUUUUCGGACGAUAUACAUGAAGCCGUGGAAGAGCUUAUCCCUUUGCUCGUCAAAACUGGAAAACACACAUUUGAGAAGAAAGUAGUGGUUGGUGUCGACUCGUCUUCAAAAAAGCUUGAUCAAACGAAAUCUGUUACAGCAAAUUUUGUCAGUGAAUCAAGUUUCAAUGUCUCUCCCAUGAGAGUUAGAGUGACAUCAGCAUCGAUACUGGAUUCCCUACAACAAGAAGAUAAAGUAUUAAAACACAUGAUAAGCGAUCUAAUCUCUAAAAUGAUCAGAUGCGAAAAUAAACUGUGCUAUAACGAUAUCCCAAAGCUGAUCGAGAGUUACAAACAAAAGUUGGACAAAAUAAUUAAAGCUAAGCAAGGAAAACAACUUCCAUCAAUCUAUCAUCAAUCAUAUGAUGCUCCACAACAAAUAAUACUACAAGAACAACAACAACAAGACCAAUCACAAAAAAGAAAAAAAACACCAACCUUUCCUCGUUAA